UCGCUGCUGCAGCCGCCACCCGGGUCCCUUCGGCCGUGCCUCUGCGUGGGGGCUGCCUCUGAGGCUCCGGUCGCAGACACCAUGUACGGAUUUGUGAAUCACGCGCUGGAGCUGCUGGUGAUCCGCAAUUACGGCCCGGAGGUGUGGGAAGACAUCAAAAAAGAGGCACAGUUAGAUGAAGAAGGACAGUUUCUUGUCAGAAUAAUAUAUGAUGAUUCUAAAACUUAUGAUUUGGUUGCUGCUGCAAGCAAAGUCCUCAAUCUCAAUGCCGGAGAAAUCCUCCAAAUGUUUGGGAAGAUGUUUUUUGUCUUUUGUCAAGAAUCUGGUUAUGAUACAAUAUUGCGUGUCCUGGGAUCUAAUGUCAGAGAAUUUCUACAGAAUCUUGAUGCUCUGCAUGACCACCUGGCUACUAUCUACCCAGGAAUGCGUGCACCUUCCUUUAGGUGCACCGAUGCAGAAAAAGGCAAAGGACUCAUUCUGCACUACUACUCAGAGAGAGAAGGACUUCAGGAUAUCGUCAUCGGAAUCAUCAAAACAGUAGCUCAACAAAUACAUGGCACUGAAAUAGACAUGAAGGUUAUUCAGCAAAGAAAUGAAGAAUGUGAUCAUACUCAAUUUUUAAUUGAAGAAAAAGAGUCAAAAGAAGAAGAUUUUUAUGAAGAUCUUGAUAGAUUUGAAGAAAACGGUACCCAGGAAUCACGCAUCAGCCCAUAUACCUUCUGCAAAGCUUUUCCUUUCCACAUAAUAUUCGACCGGGACCUGGUGGUUACUCAGUGUGGCAAUGCCAUUUACAGAGUGCUUCCCCAGCUCCAGCCUGGGAACUGCAGUCUGUUGUCUGUCUUCUCUCUGGUUCGUCCUCAUAUUGACAUUAGUUUCCAUGGGAUCCUUUCGCACAUCAAUACAGUUUUUGUAUUGAGAAGCAAGGAAGGACUGUUGGAUGUAGAGAAAUUAGAAUGUGAGGACGAGCUGACCGGGACUGAGAGCAGCUGCUUACGUCUCAAGGGACAGAUGAUCUACUUACCUGAAGCUGAUAGCAUCCUUUUUCUGUGUUCGCCAAGCGUGAUGAACCUGGACGAUCUGACAAGGAGAGGUCUGUAUCUGAGUGACAUCCCUCUGCAUGAUGCCACGCGCGAUCUCGUUCUUUUGGGAGAACAAUUCAGAGAGGAAUACAAACUGACCCAAGAACUGGAGAUCCUCACAGAUAGGCUGCAGCUCACCUUAAGAGCCUUGGAAGAUGAAAAGAAAAAGACGGACACGCUGUUGUAUUCUGUCCUCCCUCCAUCCGUUGCCAAUGAGCUGAGACACAAGCGCCCGGUGCCUGCCAAGAGAUACGACAACGUGACCAUCCUCUUCAGUGGCAUUGUGGGCUUCAAUGCCUUCUGCAGCAAGCAUGCAUCCGGAGAAGGGGCCAUGAAGAUUGUAAACCUCCUCAAUGACCUCUACACCAGAUUUGACACAUUGACCGACUCCCGGAAAAAUCCCUUUGUUUAUAAGGUGGAGACUGUUGGUGAUAAGUAUAUGACAGUGAGUGGCUUACCAGAGCCGUGCAUCCACCACGCACGAUCCAUUUGCCACCUGGCCUUGGACAUGAUGGAAAUCGCUGGCCAGGUUCAAGUAGAUGGCGAAUCUGUUCAGAUAACAAUAGGGAUCCACACUGGAGAAGUUGUUACCGGUGUCAUUGGGCAGAGGAUGCCUCGAUAUUGUCUUUUUGGAAAUACUGUUAACCUCACAAGCAGAACAGAAACCACUGGAGAAAAGGGAAAAAUAAAUGUGUCUGAAUAUACAUACAGAUGUCUUAUGACGCCAGAAAACUCAGAUCCACAAUUCCACUUGGAGCACAGAGGCCCAGUGUCCAUGAAGGGUAAAAAAGAGCCAAUGCAAGUUUGGUUUCUAUCCAGAAAAAAUACAGGAACAGAGGAGCCAGCACCGGAUGAUAACUGAAUUUCAGACUGUGGGGUGACGGACUGCAGAAUGGGCUUCAGUCGUCCCCUGUCACACACCAAGCAGUUAUUCCCAGUGGAUACAGAUUUCGCUUUGUUCUUUGCAGUGACCCCAAGUCUUUCUGGUAGGCAUAGCUUUCGUUUUUCAUUAUUCAACCUUAGCUCUGCUUUUGAUAAUUUUCAAGGUUUAGUAUAUGACCGAAAGUUUGGCUUUAGAUGUGGAUAAUGUGAAUUUCAUGUGUCUUCAGAUCUACUACAGGCAUUACUUACCACGGUAAUUUGCAAGUGGUAGGCACCCAAUACACAGUUGUUGAUUUUAAUUAAAUGACACUGAACAGUAUUUGGUCAUGUGUAUAUAUAAUAUCACGGUUUGCCAAAUCUGUUUAGUGUUCCAUGUAUAUGUAUAUGUAUAUUUUAAUGACUAUAAUAACAUAUAACAAAGUUUAUAUUGUGUUGGUGUACAUCAUCAUAGAAAUCAUUUUCUAAAGGAGUGCAUUCUAAGUUUUAGGGGAAAAAUGCAAUUUAUUUUCAGAUUCCCAAAAUAAGAAUUAAUAUACCAUUCUAAGAAAAUAGUGACUAUUUUGAACUGUACUAAUUUUUCUUCAAAAAUCUAGAAUGUGCGUUUCUGUUCCUAAAAUAUUAGGUUGCUCACCCAAAUCACGUGGCAUUAUAAUUCCUCUAACAUUCUGUACUUUGUACUCGAUCCCUUGUAUUAAAUCCCUUUAACAACAUGCGGCUGUUAUAAAAAGCUGUACUGUUUCACAGUGAGAUAGUACAUUAUUAGCCUGGGAUAAAUGUCAAGGCUCUAACCACAUCUGAGAAGAAAAUCAGAAGCAAUGCUGGGAUAGUCCUUUAAGAGCCAUUUCUGGCCUUUUCUUUCCAGAAAUGAGCUUCUUUUUCUUAGCUUGGAAGAACGUGGUUAUAUCCAGGCCUUCGGAUUCAGAAAAGUUACUUUAAUUUUGACAUAGAUUACAUCCCUAUUGGAAUAAUUGGCCUUUUGCUCUUAAAUAAUUUAUUAAUAUCUACCUUUAUAAAAUAUAGUGCAACUACGUUUGUGUAAAAAUGUUUGUCUUUAAAUUUAGCAUUUCGCAUCAGCACGUCGAUAUAUGUAUAAAUGUUCCAUGUUCCUGUGUAAGAGGAUCUGCAAUAAAUUAUUUUUUCCACUUGU